UGCAAACUGCUGCGAAACUGGCAUAUUCAGGACUUCCCAGAGAGCCACGAAUUAAAUAUCCCAUUAAUAGGGUAUGAUUUUUAGGGAGCAAAUAUCUAGGUUAUUUCUCUAAUUAUGGAUGUUAGUUAAAUUGCCCCGAUGACGCAGGAUGUCUCAUCUUGGAGACUGCCUCCGUUUCCAAGCUCGUUUCCAUGCACCGCCUUCUAACAACAUGGCGCCAGUUUACAGCGGUGCUGCCUUCCAAAGGGAUGCCAAAAACCGCGCCGUAAGAGGAAAAUAUGAUUAUUGAAUGUAACAGUUAACUACAAAAAGUAUAACGGUACCGUAGUAAUUAGAAAUAAUACUUGUGCUCUUUUCAUGUAAAAUUCUGGAAUUUACGUGCAGCAACAGUUUGUUAGUGACAGGUUGCGCAUGAGCCCACCUGCCGGAGAAACUGUGACGACGGUGGAUCAAUAUGAAUCUCCUGAACCUGACAAUAUAGUGGACGAUAUCCUUUGAUAGAGACCUGCAAUAUUAUGCCUAUUCUUCGACAGCGAGGUAACGCCUAAACGUCUCCGUAGACUCAUUGUAGUGCAAUAAACAACUUUCUCUUUAAAAAAAGCUCACUCUAUAAUGAAUGACGAGAAUUAUGCGCAAUCGGAGGUGGAGAGGGAAAAGCUCCCUCCAAUAUGCCAUACGUCACCAACUAUGGAUUUGGGGCGUGGUGCGAAACAGCCCUUUCCCUCCCUCAGCACGUUCAUCUCCUCCCUUAACCAGCGGAGGGAGACGGGAGGACGGUUCAGCAUGGGCACAAACCAGUGUCUACCAGGUGGACGACAUGGGAGGGAGCUACCUCCUAUUUGCAGUGAUGUGAGGCAGAAACAGAGGAUCUCCAUCGACACACUUCCCCCCGAGGUGAAGGCCCCGUUCCCCUCUGAACCUGUCAUCCCCCUCCGCACUAAGACCAUCAAAGAGUUCCAGGAAGACAUGGAGCGAGCCACAACCUCAGGGGACUGGAGGGAUGUGAGGGAUUUCUACCUUACCACCUUUGACUCCUUUCUAGAGAUCAAUGCUGCCUUCAAGAGAGAAGCUAAUGCCCCAUUUAACACAAUCGAGGAUUCUGGAGUCAACUCAACAUUUUUGAAUGCUGUUUAUGAUGCUUUACUCUGCACACCCCAAGACAUCCAGAAAUCAGUGUUGAAGGGAAUCAUUAACAGCCUAUUAAGAGAAUGGAAAGGUCCCAGAACGAAAGAUGACCUGAGGGCAUACUUCAUCUUAGUUCAGAACCCUCAGUAUUCCAGCACCAGUACCUAUGUGAUCUAUGCCCACCUACUGAGACAGAUAGCUGCCCUGUCCGAGGCUGACCACCAUUUCCUAGUGCACUGGUUUAAAAAACUGUCUCCAAGGCGUUUCAGGCAGCUGGUGGAGCGUUUUCUUCACUUCAUCUCCACUCGUCUGUUACCUGCUCCUCCUGAUGAACUGCCCCCUCUGGCCAGGUGCUCCUGGUGGAUCCCUGCUGCCACCAAGGUCCUCGCCCUCUUCAAUGCAGCUAACAGCAUAUCCACGCCUCCUAUCAUGUCCUUCACGGACUUCUACAACAUCACCUUGGACCAUAUCGACAUCAUGGAGCAGUACCGCACCUGGCAGAGCCACGGCAACUCCAACAAGUUCUCUUUCUGCCAGUUCCCAUUUAUCCUGUCAACGGUGGUGAAGAAAGCCAUCAUCCAGAGAGACUCAGAACAGCAGAUGAUAAGCAUGGCCAGACAAAGCCUGGUGAACAAGGUCUCUCGCAGGCAGAGAGUGGACAUGAACCUGUUGUUCCUCAACAUCAAGGUACGACGGGCCCAGCUACUCAGCGACUCAUUGGAUGAGCUGAGCAGGAAGAGAGCAGACCUGAAGAAAAAGCUCAAGGUCACUUUCGUAGGAGAGGCGGGGCUCGACAUGGGCGGCCUCACCAAGGAGUGGUUCCUGCUGCUGGUUCGACAGAUUUUCCACACUGACUAUGGCAUGUUCACCUACUUGAAGGAUUCCGGUUGUCAUUGGUUCAGCAGCUGGAAAUGUGACAACUACUCAGAGUUUCAAUUGGUCGGGACUCUCAUGGGUCUCGCUGUGUACAACAGCAUUGCUCUGGACAUCCACUUCCCUCCUUACUGUUACAAGAAGCUCUUGACUCCACCCAUUGUGCCAUGUGACCAGAAUACUCCCAUCGGCAUGGCAACCGCCACCCUGGGCGACCUGCAGCAGGUCAUGCCGGAUCUGGCUCAUGGGCUUGGAGAGCUGCUCUGCUAUGAGGGCAAUGUGGAAGAAGACUUCUAUCUGACCUUCCAGGUUUUCCAAGAGGAGCUCGGGGUGGUCAGGUCCUAUAACCUGAAACCUGGAGGUGACAAGAUUCCAGUCAACAAACAGAACAGAAAGGAGUAUGUUCAGCUGUACACUGGUUUCCUGCUUAAUAAGUCAAUUUACAAGCAGUUUGCAGCCUUCUAUCGUGGCUUCCACAGUGUGUGUGCGUCAGACGCUCUGAUGCUGCUGAGGCCAGAGGAGGUGGAGAUGCUAGUGUGUGGGAGUCCAGAGCUGGACAUGAGCACCCUACAGAGAGCAGCUCAGUACGAGGGCUACAGCAAAGCUGACCUCACAGUACGCUGUUUUUGGGACGUGGUGCUGGCUUUCCCCUUGGAGUUGCAGAAGAAGCUGCUCCACUUCGCCACAGGAAGUGACCGUGUCCCCGUGGGAGGGUUGGCCGACCUCAACUUCAAGAUCGCCAAGAUCGACGUGUCCACUGACUGGUUACCCAUAUCUCACACCUGCUUCAACCAGAUCUGCCUCCCACCUUAUAAAAGCAGGAAGGAACUGAAGCAGAAGUUGACCAUCGCCAUCUCAAACGCAGAGGGCUUUGGCUUAGAGUGACUCAGUCUACAGCUAUGAGAUUCACAGUAAGACGAGAGUAGGUGAUUCCUUUCCAAAUGUACUUUAGAAUUACAUUCCUUCAAAAAUAGAAUUUGAUAUAGACUACAUGACCAAAAGUAUGUGGACACCUACUCAUCGAACAACUCAUUCCAAAGUCAUGGGCAUUAAUAUGGAGCUGGUUCCCCCCUUUGCUGCUACAACAGCCUCCACUCCUCUGGGAAGGCUUUCCACUAGAUGUUGGAACUUUGCUGUGGGGACUUGCUUCCAUUCAGCCACAAGAGCAUUAUUGAGGUCAGGCACUGAUGUUGGGCGAUUAGGCCUGGUUCGCAGUCGGCGUUCCAAUUCAUCCCAAAGGUGUUUGAUGGGGUUGAUGUCAGGGCUCUGUGCAGGCCAGUCAAGUUCUUCCACACCGAUCUUGACAAAUAAUUUCUGUAUGGAACUUGCUUUGUGCACUGGGGCAUUGUCAUGCUGAAACAGGAAAGGGACUUCCCCAAACUGUUGCCACAAAGUUGGAAGUACAGAAUCGUAUUGAAUGUCAUUGUAUGCUGUAGCAUUAAGAUUUCCCUUCACUGGAACUAAGGGGCCCGAACAAUGAAAAACAGCCCCAGACCGUUAUUUAUCCUCCAACAAACUUUACAGUUGCCACUAUGCAUUCGAGCAGGUAGUGUUCUCCUGGCAUCAGCCAAACCCAGAUUUGUCUGUCGGACUGCCAGAUGGUGAAGCGUGAUUCAUCACCCCAGAGAAAAUGUUUCCACUGCUUCAGAGUCCAAUAGCAGCGAGCUUUACACCGCUCCAGCUGACGCUUGGCAUUGCGGAUGGUGAUCAUAGGCUUGUGUUCGGCUUCUCGGCCAUGGCAACCCAUUUCUAGAAACUCCCGACGAACAGUUCUUGUGCUGACGUAGCUUCCAGAGGCAGUUUGGACCUCAGUAGUGAGUGUUGCAACUGAGGAGAGACGCACUUCAGCACUCGGCGGUCCCGUUCUGUGUGCUUGUGUGGCCAUUCAUUUGAAGGGGUGUCCACAUACUUUUGUGUAUAUAUAGUGUAUUUUUGUGAGGUCAAAAUGUGUAUUUUCUUAGCUUGAUUUGUAUUACACUGUUAUAAAUAUUCAAAACUAAGACUUUGCUGGUUAAAGAAAUGUACGUGUCAUGAGAUAUAGAUUGUCUUGUGAGGUCCAGGAUGUGUAUUUGCUGCCUGUUGAUGGGCACAGCAGAAUCUUUCACUUGUUUGGUAGUAAUAAGAAAUGUGAGCUCCUGUUUCUAUGGUAGCAGUGGAACCAUGACUGUGUCUGGUUGUGUGUUUGUUUAUCUCUUUAACUAUUACGGUAAGUAGCUUUGUGGCCUUAUUUCUGCCUGCCUGGUAGACUGCCAAUGUAAAGAGAAUCCUUUGGUCAGAAACGUUGUGCAGGAUCUUCGGUUAAACAAAGCAUUAUCAACAUAAAUCUGAAAAGUAAAAGGCACACUCAUUAGCGUUAUCAUUUAAACAAACAGAGCAUUACAUGUAAGUCAAGCCCAGAUUGUUUGGGUAAUUCAGUAUCUUCACACCAUCCUGCCUUCAACAACUUUCAGGAAGCUUAUAAUAGAUGUUUGAUACAUUUAUCAUAGAAGUAGCCUGUGACCUCCCUUUCUAAGACUGAUAGACUUGUAUCAGAACUCUUCAACCCGUUGGCUCAAAAUGAUCACAUCUGCUCAUUAGACUGAAAACGUACCAACAUAUUUAUUUUGUUUAUGUUUUACUACACUAACCUGCCUAUAGAAUUUAAUCUAUCACUUUCUUGUCUUACAAAGUAACUAAUCAUAAGUCAAUGUCAUAGUCUGUCACAUUAAUUAAUAAUAAUGCAUGUUCUAUUCUGACUGUAGAGCUACACGGAAUGUACAAAACAUUUAGAACACCUGCUCUUUCUAUCACCCAAAGGACAUGUAGCCAACUUGGCAGUCAACAUGGACCAGCAUCGCUGUGGAGCAUGUUCGACACCUUGUAGAGUCCAUGCCCCAGCGAAUUGAGGCUGUUCUGAGGGCAAAAGCGGGUGCGACUCAAUAUUAGGAAGGUGUUCUUAAUGUUUUGUACACUCAGUUUAUAAUGUAUAUCUUUAGAGCAAGUCUAUGAUGUGUAAUGUAACUAACUGUUGAUGAUGUUAUGUUGUGUUUCUAUUUAUUUGUAAAAAUUACUGUCAAGUCCCAAGUAAUAAACUGAUCUUUGAGGUUUUUACACUCAGAAA